CAAUCAUUUAUGCUAAUAUAUAUAGUCCAACGGCUUAAUUAGUCAAACAACUAACUCAGAAAUUGAUUUGGUAAGAUGUCCACAAAUCUUGGUCUACAAAGGUUUCGUAAGGCCAUUAAUAAAGUCAUAUAGAUUCCAUAAUUAGUUUAAUUUUCAUAUACUAUAUGGAAAGAAAUAUAUACAUCUAUGUAGCUUUGUAACUCUAACGUGGCACCAUAAAAUGAAAUAUGGAUGAUUAGUUUGCCGUCAAACCUAAAAGAUGAUUGGGUAAAAUGUGUUACACGUCCAUAACAUUAUGGCUCAAUUAUUUGAUGGAAGAUAGAGAUACAUAAUUACAUUGUAUAGAGACACUAAGAUCUUAGAAAUCCAAAGGGUGAGGGGACACUGGCAUGAGUUCCUUCGUGGGGUUUGGCUUUAUAAAUUUCACUCUUUCUAUCUGUCUCUUUCCCUCUUAGAAUUUUCUGAAAUUCUCUAGAAUUUGAUAUCAGCCUUAGAAUAAUAGUAAACAUGUCACAUAAUCGUUUUCUUUAAAAUAAAUUACGAGUGGAGCAAAAAAAUUUGAAGUGCAAUGAGUUUUCGUCAAGAAACCGUUUGCACAAUAAGAAGUCACAAAUAAAAACGACAAAUUUCUUAUUUCGUUUUGAAAGAAUUAAAAUAUAUGACGCUUAAUUACUAUCUAAUAUUUUGAAAUAAUCUUAACACUAUAUUCCACUCGCACAAACCCAUUACAAAUUGAGCAUUUCAAAUAACAAUGGCAUUAAAAAUCCUGAUAAUGCCUUUUUUUUAGAAUUGAUAAUGGCAAUAUUUGCAUGCACUAAUGUUAAUAUAUAUAUUUGCAUGCACUUAGUUAGAAAAAAUAAGCCAACAUACAUUACCAUUUAUAUAUUUCAUAUGAUCAGUAGAAGAAGAAAAGGUACAAAUUCUACAAAAGUAACACACAAAUAAACAAGAUGUGUGGAAGCCUCAGUAUCUUCGCGUCUACAUAGUAACCACUCAAUGACAAAACAAAUACUUUUCUAGGGCUUCAAAGUAACUCUUUUUCUCCUUUUAUAGAUAGUCGAAAAAAAGAGAUUUAAGACUUUAUGAUCAUACGAAGUGCCGUUUAUCUGAACUGUUAUCAAAGCCGUGACGUUCUCUCCGAUACAAAAUCAAUAUUUUAUAAUACUAGUUAAGCGUUUUUAUAAUAUCAAUAAAUUAUAAUACAAAUUAAAUACACACGUAACAAUAUUUCGUUGGACCUGGAUCGUUUGCAUGGGGAUAUGAGCCGUACAUUGUGAGCUGUAUAAAGAAGAGUGCGAGAACUGAACAGAAGUUAACCAAACAAAUCCUGAGUUUAUUACAAAAAAAAAAAAAAAAAAACUUUUUUCUUCUUCCUUCCGUAUUGUUUUUGAAGAAGUGAAUCUGGACGAAGCUUAAAUUCAUCAAAACAAAUAUAUCCAAAGAUCUUAUUUUUGAAUUCUUGCUUGUAUUUAAUUAAGCUUCUUGAUUCACCAAUAAAACGAGCUAUAUUUCAUUUCCUUUUCACAUUUUUCUCUUCCUCUUUUUCUUCGGGGUCAUUAAGACAUGAAGUUCUUAGGAUGGAUGCAGAACAAGCUACAUGGGAAACAAGGGAACACUCAUAGACCAAGCAUAUCUUCUGCUUCUUCUCAUCAACCAAGAGAGGAGUUCAGCGACUGGCCUCAAGGAUUACUUGCGAUUGGAACUUUCGGUAGUGUGGCCAAAGAGCAAACACAAAUACAAGUUGUUCAAGAAGUGAUUCAAGAGGAGAAUCCCUCUAACGUGCACGUGGAAGGUCAAGCUCAAGAUAGAGAUCAGGAUCUUUCUUUCUCCGGUGAUCUUGAAGAUUUUACUCCCGAGGAAGUUGGGAAACUGCAAAAGGAACUGACGAAGCUCUUGACAAGAAAGACCAAGAAAAGGAAGUCAGAUGUGAACAGAGAACUUGCGAAUCUUCCCCUGGAUAGAUUCUUGAAUUGCCCUUCGAGUCUUGAAGUCGACAGACGAAUCAGCAACGCGAUUUCUAGUGGUGGAUAUUCUAACGAGAACGAAGAAGACAUUGAACGUACCAUCAGUGUUAUCUUGGGAAGAUGCAAAGCUAUUUCUACAGAGAGUAGCAAUAAAAAGAAGAAGAGUAAGAGAGAUUUGAGCAAAACCUCUGUUUCUUAUCUUCUCAAGAAGAUGUUUGUUUGUUCAGAAGGGUUCUCUCCUCUUCCUAACCCUAGCUUGAGAGACACGUUUCAAGAAUCUAGAAUGGAAAAGUUACUGAGGGUGAUGCUACACAAGAAGAUUAAUGCUCAAGCUCCCUCGAAGGAAACAUCAACAAAAAGAUACGUGGAAGAUAAGCAACAGCUUGCACUAAAGAACGAGGAAGAAGAAGGAAGAAGUAGUGAUGGGAGCAAAUGGGUUAAAACAGAUUCUGAUUGUGAGUUUCAGAUCUUUUGGUUUCUUAAAAAAAAUUUUGAAAAAAAUGUUCAAGAAUUGAUUAGAUCUUCUUCUUUGUUUUGGUUGCAGUCAUUGUUCUUGAGAUCUGAUCCCAUUUUUCAUUCUUCAUGUUACAGGUAGAGAAUCUCAGUGGUAUCAAGACAAAAAAAAUUCAAAAAAGAAGUGAUCAAUCAACUUUCUUUUUCUUUCAGAUGAAAGUUUUUGGGUAUCUAUCAGUAGAGCCCAUGAGUUUCUUCUGUUUUUGCAUGUUUGAGUCCAUAAAAAACAAACAUGUUCUGGAAACUACAACAUUAGAAUACAGUACAUGAGAUUAUAUGGCUACAUGCAUGUAUGUAUAUAAAGAGAGAAUUAUGUGUACAUGUACGUAGUUUUGUAUUUUUCAGGUGGAUAACCAUAGUUUAUGUAAAGACUUCCUUUUUGUCUUUCUUUACACUCUGUUCUGUUCUGUAAUUCUUCAGUCACUUUACACUACUAAAUUUGUAAUUUCUUACAAAACGUUAAUAUAUGCUAUAUUUUAUAAAACAA